AUGUUUCAUUUUCUUUCUUCGUUCCACUUGCCAUUCUCCCCGUUUGUUACUUUCUCUUCUUUAUUGGAAAUAUCCGAAACGUCGCCAGAAAGUCUGCAAAAGUCGAAUAAAGACAUGAUUUAUUCAUUUCCAAUCGGAUUAAUAAUGAACCAUUAUUCAUAUCUAUCUUUCUAUCUAUCUGUCUGUCUGUCUAUCUGUCUAUCUGUCUCAGUAUUCAUAUCUAUGUUAGUAUUCAUAUCUAUAUAUAUCUACCUCAGUAUUCAUAUCUAUAUAUCUAUCUACCUCAGUAUUCGUAUCUAUCUAUCUAUCUAUCUAUCUAUCUAUCUAUCUAUCUAUCUAUCUAUCUAUCUAUCUCAGUAUUCAUAUCUAUAUCUCUAUCUCAGUAUUCGUAUCUAUCUAUCCCAGCCUCUUAAUAUCUAUCUAUCUAUCUAUACAUCUCAGUAUUCAUAUCUAACUAUCUAUCUAUCUAUCUAUGUAUCUAUCUAUCUCAGUAUUCAUAUCUAUCAUCUAUCUAUCUAUCUAUCUAUCUAUCUAUCUAUCUAUCUCAGUAUUCAUCUAUCUAUCUCAAUAGUCAUAUCUAUAUAUCUAUCUCAACAUGCGCACUUCUUGCUACACGCUCACAAACAGGCGUCGCUCGAGCGGGAAAAAUAA